UUCACCUAUUCUGAGUUUUUUUYAAUAGGAUGUUGCAAGGGAAUCAGAUCACUACCAUCCCURAYGGCGCUUUUAUGAAGACACCGAAUCUUCGAUAUGUGGACAUGUCCAACAACCGUCUCUUUUAUGUUGCACCAAAUGCAUUUGUCAAUGGAUCAUCAAUAGAAUUUAUGCGUCUUAAUAUCAAUUUUCUAAUGAAAGUGCCACAGAAUUUCCAAUAUCUGGAUCAACUUAAAACUUUAGACUUGGGGAGUAAUCUUGUGGACUAUCUACAAAACAACUCAUUUGAUGGGUUGUCCGCAUUAAAUGUUUUGUAAGUACACACAAUGUA